AUGCGCCGAGUCGAGAACUUCCCUGAUAUUGUCCGGGACGCCCACUUGGAGACCGAGUUCAUCGAUGCUCGCACCACCAAGCACAUCCGCUACAAGGCAGGCACUUCAGCUCGCCAACGGAGACUUCGCAAGGAGGAGCAAUGGACGCGCUCAUGCGAACUCGGCCGCGGAGCCUACGGCAUCGUUUACCUCGAGACUCGCGGCCAAGAUGACAAACUCCGCAAGCGCGCAGUCAAGGAAAUUCGAAAGUACAUUCGGCCUGGCCAGCCGUUAGACUACGAUCGAGAGCUGGAAGCCAUAUUCAAGUUCUCCCAUGACCGAUACGCGCACUGCUUUGUUACUGCCGACGGUUGGUACGACGAUGAUGAUUCAGUAUACAUCUCGAUGGAAUACUUCGAACUUGGCGACCUCCACGCACAUCUCAUGGCACGCAAAAAGAUACCGGAAUACGAAACGAGGCAGAUCGCAAUGCAGCUCUUGGACGGGCUGGCUUUCAUGCACGAGAACAACUUUGUCCAUCGGGACCUGAAACCUGGUAACAUCAUGGUUGUGGCCACCGGUCCAGAGUGGUACGUGAAAAUUGCCGAUUUUGGCAUCAGCAAACGACGACGGGAGGACGUUUCCACAGUAAACACGAUGGGGCGAGGGACAUACGGCUAUGCGGCUCCCGAGGUCCUCGGUCUCGGAGACACCCCGGAAAACGCGUCGUACACGUUCCUAGUGGACAUGUGGUCGCUUGGAGCAGUCCUCUACAAGCUGCUAACUAGUGAGACGGCUUUUGGAAACAUAGUCAGCUUGCUCAAGUAUGCUGAGCGGGAGAUCGACUUCCCCUCUCCGCCUCUAAAUGCGGCCAAGGUGUCCGAGCUAGGGUCAGACUUCAUUCUUGCGCUCAUGUCGCCUCAACCACCAGCCCGGCCUCCUGCAGCCUCGGCAAAAGUCCACCCUUGGUUUUUUUACUCGAUCGAGGCUCCGGCAAGAAUGGAAAAUGGAGGUGUAAGCAGCAUCGAGUAA